CUAGGAAAUAAGAAAUAUAGAAAUAAAAAUUAUAAAGUUUUGACCGUAGAUAAUCGAAAUAAUAUAGUAUAAUAUAAUUGAAGAACAAAAUUUAUUCCGUCAAGAAGACAAGAAAUAUUACAAAAACGGUAGGUAUUAAUAACAUGUUAAAUGUAUUAUACUAAUUGAACAUAAAAUAUGUGUUAAUGUGAUCACAUGUCUACGAAAUAUAUUUUUAUUUGAUAUUUUUUAUUGAAUAUCUAUCUAAAUAUAUGUAUUAUGUUUAAACUUCAAGAAAGUAUUAUAGUAUUAACUUUUAGCCAUAAAUAUCUGAUUGUCCAAAGUGAACAGAUUUUUUUUUUACAUUUUUAAUUUUAAUAUUUGAGUAGUCCAAAUAUGAAAUUUCACUAUAAUUAUAAAUUGUAAAUCUAAAAUCAAUGACGAAUCAAAUUUUUUCCAGGUGUUUAAAUUCUAUUUUAGGCAGUUUUCACUGUAUUUAAAUGAGAAUCUUGGAAAAUAAGAUCAAGAAAAAAAAGGAACAAAAAUUAACGAUUCACAAUUAUGAUUAUAAAUCAUCAGUAACACUGACAUUAAAGCUUUUAGUAGAUUGACUUCAAAUUUGCUUGCAACAUUAUUAUGUUUUGUUAUCACAGAAAACUCAGUGUUUAAAAUACCAGACCUUAGGAUUCUUGGGCAGUUUGUAGUAUUGUUUGUUGAAUAUAUCCCAGUAAAAUAAUUUUAAACACGGAGUAUAGCAACAGAUCUAUUGGUUAUACUAUGAUGUUUGUUUUCGUGUUUUUCUUUUCUUUUCAACUUUUUUACCAAAAAAAUUGCUCAGAAGAACCGACAAUAGCACUUUUUCUGAAAGAGAAUUUUCUCUUGUUACUGCUUUCUUACUCCUCCGGUAUAAACUUUAAACUGUUAUUACUGAUUAUUAGGUAAUUUAGGAAUUGGAAACCCUAUCACAACCUUAUAAAAAAAACAUGGAUUAUAAUAGAAAAUUAUUAUACAUUACAAUUUAGUACAGUGUCACCGAUGAUUAAUAAUCAAAAUUGUAAAUUACUAAUUUAAAUAUUUUAAAUUUUUGUAAUUUUUUCUUUGGUCUUUUAUUCCAACUACCCUUUCAAUGAACACCUAUUUAUAAUAAAUUUUGUUUGCUUCUAUAUCAAAAAUUUGCCAAUUCUUUCUACUAGAGGGAUGUAAUUGACAUCACAACUAAUAAACGGGUAAUGUUUAUCACAUUUGUUUUAGCCAUGUUCAUAAGUAGGACUUAAAUGACUAUGUAACCCGUGAAUGAGAAUCACGAACAAUUUCUGAUAUGCCGAAUUUUAUUGCAAUGGAUGUCUGCGAUUAAUGUAAACAUGACCAAAAAAUAAUAAACUAUGUCUUAAUGUGCCUAACGCGCGUUUUAAUAUAACGUAUUUAUCAUAUUAAGCUAAUAGAGAGUUAUUUCUAAGACCGAUUUCUUUAUAAUUUUCAAUAAAUUAUUAAGCUUGAGUUACUUCCUUCUAUAUUUGGAGGAAGUAACUCAACUUUUAUUACACCAUCAUAGUUUGAAAUAGUUAUAAUUAAGGUACAGAUUUUAAAUGCUCUAAAAAAAAAGAAAAAUACCUAAAAAAUACAAUCUAAUGCACCUAUAAAAAAGUCCUAAAUUUACUAAACACAAUAUUACAUGCAAAUAGUGCAAUACGACUACAUUACAACUAAUAAAUAGUGUAUUGUUUUCUUUAUUGCAUGGUACUUAUCUGGUAUAAUCGUACAAUCAGUAAAUUCAUAAUGUAUUUUAAAAAUAGAAAUAUGAAUUUUUUUUUUCUAGGGAGAAAUCAGAAAACUGUUAUCAAAUUUUCUGAUAACGGUAUGAAGUUUGUAAAACAAAGAAUAAAUUCAAAAUAAAAGUUUCAUAUUUUAAUUCUUUGAUAUAUAAAACUAAUUUUGUAAUUGGAAAGUAUUGGUUUUGAACAUUCCGAAAAAAAUACAUUUUGCAUUUUAAUCUGUAUCCUAGUCAUGUUACAAACUAUAAGCCGAUUUUCAAAAUGCCUUUUAUUCCGAAAAUGUUUGAAAUUACUAAGAAACUGUCUUUGAUUAUGCCUCCCUUCUUAUAUAAUAAUUAGAACUCUGAAGUUAUUGGAGUUAAAAAUUACAAAAUAUGCACAAAAAAAUUGGAAAAUGUGCAUGAAAAAAUGUUAAAUAUGCAAAAUAUAUUCAAAUUUUAUUUAUUAAAAACAUAAGUAAUGUCAUUAUUAUUAAUAUACACAAAAAAUAUAAAGAUUAAAUGUGAAUUUCAACAUUGUUGUUAAAUUAAUAAUAAACCAAGACAAUAAGAAAUAAUAUUAAAUAAAUAAUAUUGAGUUUGGAAAAAUAAUCUUUUUUUUUUUUUACAAAUAUUACAUAUGCAUAAUAUACGAAAAAUUAUGAAGUUCAUAGACUUUUUCUCUAAAAUUAGCGAAAUAUGAAAAAUUUGCAUUUUUAAUUAUCAUAUCCAGUUAGAUACUAUAUUUUACUGAUUUUAAAGUGUUUGAUAAAAUAUAUUACAAAAUUAUCUUGUUUUGGUAUUCAUGAAUAUUUUUCUAAAAGGUUAAAAUCUUAAUUAUGUUCUUGCGUACUCAGGCAGUUAAUACAUUUAGUUUUUCCUAAUGAAUUUUUGAUUAAUUCUGGUAUAGCUUAGGGUUCUCACUUAGGCCCUCUUUUAUUUUUAUUAUUUAUCAAUGAUUUUCCUUCUAUUUUAAAUAGCUCGGUUGAUAUGUUUUUUUUUUUUUUUCUGUCGACGAUGCCAAAUUAUUAUGAAACUAGAAUAAAUUUGUUCAUUGGAGUUUAGGUAAUCACCUACCAUUAAACAAAGAAGUGUAGCGUUAUUAAUUUUUCACUCUUGGGUAAUACAAUCACCUACAAUUAUAAGAUUUAUAAUUAUUCUGUUACGCAAGUAUUUACAAUUAGAGACCUGGGGAUUCUCUUGGGAAUUUCAUUUUGACAUGGACUUUUCCACUCAUAUUGGUUCUUUUAUUAAAAAAGCUUUUAAGGUGGCCGCCACACUGCCGUAAUUAAACUGAAACGUAUACAACCCUGUAGAGAUAGUGUUGUGCGCCGUAUCGCCGCCGUCGCGGCAGGCCGUAACCAUGCCCACUACCUCACUGUCUCGACGACCAGUCUGCGGGGUUUCCUUUUUGUGCUGGAACGUGUUUUAUUAUUCUAUAAGUGGUUGUGUUGCUCAUAUCACGACAUUGCGUGAACAUAAAACGAACGACUACAACGGCCAUCGGUACUCGGGACACACACUGCCAUAUUGGGUGCACAUACUCGCAAAUUGAUUACUAAUUAAAGUUACCGUUUUUUUUGUUUUUUUUUUUUUUUUUUUUUUUUUUACAUAUGUAUGAAUAAAUAGAUUAUAAAAUAUAUUUUCUAUCAUAGAAUCGUUUUAAUAGCAUUACUUUUGUUUUAUUUUAAUAACUAGCGAUGAGUAUAAUAUAGGUACUUAUUUAGGAACAAUUAAAACGUUACAAUGUAAUUUUAUGGAAACGUUUCGAUUGCUUCGAGUAUUAAUAUAAUGUUAAAAUGAAUAGAUACAAUUGAAGGAUUAAAUCUAAUGCUUAUUAAAAUGUAUAUAUAACAAAAGAUAAAAUAUCACACAACAAUUUAAAAUAAUCAUUUUUUUUUCCUGUGCUUUUCUUUUUUUAUGCUUCAAUUAUACAAUUAGGAUUUCUAAUCAGCAUAUUUUUAGAAUGCCUAGGAUCAAUGAACUCAAGUAGUAAACAGUUAUAAUAAAAAUCUUAAUCUUGGUAACAUUUUUUCGUUCCAAAAGAUGUCAUCUUUGAAAAAAUUUUCUGACUUCAAUCCUAUUUUUGUCCAGAAUGCUAUAAUACAAUAUUUUCUUUGGGUUAUAUUUAAUUAACUUUGUACUUGAACAUAAUAUUUGUGGUUUUUAUUUAUUUCUGUACCCACGCCUUCUUUAUUGUUUUUCCAAAAUGUAAUUUUACCAUUUUUAAUGCUCUCAUUUGGUGAUUUGAUGUCAAAUUUUCUGAAGACUGGCACUUAAUUUCAAAAAUUCCAUCAUUUCCAAUCAAACCAUCUGACGUUGCACCAAAAUAAAAAUGUACUGGAUGAAUAACUAAGCCACAUUGUGGUGUAAUUUCAAUUGUUAAUUCUUUUUCGACUUGAUAUUUUACUUACCGUUUCUGACAACGAAUUGUACAUUGUUCUGUAGGAUUUCUUACACCAACUACCAUCGGCCACCACGGGUAUUAAAGGUACACCAUCCACGUCAAUGUCACCUGCCUCACUAGCUAAACAUGUUUCUUUAGCUGCAGUGUAUAUGAUUUGAGUUGCAGCCUUUUCAAACUUUUAAUAUACAACAUUAUGUUAUUUAUUAUAUGUAUUGUUCUUCAUUGUGGGAAUCUCUAGUGUCAUAAUUUCUUUUAUUUGUCCAUAUCCUCUACCUAUAUUGAUAAUGCCAAUUACAGCUGCGGUGUUAAUUUUAAUCAUAUUUGAUUUUUCAUCUUCAGUUUCAAUAACAGAUUUUAUAUUACACAUUUGACAUUUGGAGAUAAAUGAUAACAUAAAACCAUGUCUACGCCCAUUUUCAAAUAGAAUAUCUUUGAAAGAACAUGAGAACUGUGCAUGAUCAAUUUCUUGUAUUUGUUUUAUAAAAGACAAUAACUUAAUUAUUCGUCUACCAGUUAUUUCAAAUGAGUGAGAGAGAGUUGGUUUUAUAGGUGACUCGCUUGUGAUUAAAAAGCUGUUUGCACUAGUGCCACUGACAUCAAACGUUUCAAAUAAGUUAUAAAUACUAUUUUGACCAUUAUAAAAUUGCUCAAUAAAUAUGUCGUUCUCAGAAAUAAUUGGUCAUUAUCAAUUGUCGGCGGUUUAAGUGAAGUUUCUUCCCUUAUUACAAUUGUAUCUUGCCCGCUAAACAUUUAUUUUAGUUAUUAUAGAAACUUUAAUCAAAAUUUUAUAAGCAAUAAUUAUAUAUGCAUACCUAUAUCUGUUAUUCCAGUGCAUUUCAAGAUUCGUAGAUAACUAUAUCAUGGUUUAUACUGAUUUUAGACAUAAAGCCUCUUGUAUUUUUACAGUGCCCUUUACCAACCCUAUUCUAAUCAUAGAAAAUGCAUACAAGAAGUAUUUAUUUUUAUACUUUUUGACAAUAAUUUUAAAAUAAUAGAUUUCUUAAUACAAUACUAAACUUGAGUUGUGCCAAAAAAAAACUUGUGACGCAACUUUUGAACUUUUACAUUUGAAUUUCAAAUGCAUAUAAAGAAAGGUUUUAAUAAAAUAUUUUAUAUACACUCAACUUUUUUUUUUUUCAUUAAAAGUACACAUUAUAGUUAACCUCAUAUACAAUUUUCAUGCAAUUAUAAUGGGCGAAAAAAUUUGUAUACAACUUAUUCGAAAAAACGCAAAAUACCGUAAUAAAAAAGAACAGAAAAACGUUUUGACAUUUUUAUUGGACAUAUAAAUUGUAAAUAUUAGUAUUGUGUAAAAAUGUUUAAUUCCUACGUUUUAUUAUUUUGUUCGUGUUACAGCACAUUAAUAUAUACCGAAAAUAAUGAAAUCAUAAUUUUCCUGUUUUUUCCCUGUUUAUCCUAAGUAUAAUUUUGUCCACUUAGAAAAUCAAUUUCUUGUUCAAAAACUAGAAACAAAAAUUUUUCUAUAAAAGAUGCUACACUUAAAAAUCAGAACAAUAUUUCUAGUAAAAUGCAUAAGUUAGAAAAAUUUAAAAUAAUGAAAUCGGCAUGUCGUAAAUAUUUUCCGUUUUUCACUCUUAUUGCGUACGAUUUCCACUAACUGGUGGAAUUUAUUAGAAUUGCUCUAACACUGAAGAUGUACUUUUGAUUAUAUUAUAUUGAGACAUUGGGUAUUGACUUCUGAAUUUCUUUUGUAAUAAUCAUAAAUAUAGCUUUAUUUGUUGAUAUUAUGGAUAACCCUAAUUAUUAUUCUAGCUUAAUGGAUAAUAAAAAUGCAUCAAUCAAAUACAAACUUGUAUUGAACAUGCAUAAAAUAUAAUAUACAAUAGUUAUAGUGUCAAAAAUGUGCCUACCUACUUUGUGAGGUUUGCUUUGAAGGUCACUGGUUUGCAAAUAUAGUCUUAAAAUCUUAAUAAAUAUGUCAUUUUAGAUUCUAAGCGGAGUGAAGAAUUUAUUAAAUUAAGUUGAAACUUGUACUCGCAUUAUGUUAUUUUGCUAAUGGUUUCUAUAAUAACCUGUUUAUUUACAUAAAUAAAGACCAAAGAAUAAUUAUAAAAUGCAAUCAAUAUUUAAACUUUUGUCUGGAUUUUUUUUUGUGAUUUUAAUUAUGUAUUUUUUUAUUUUUCAGAUUGAAAAUGUCUACCCUAAAUCCUAAAUCUGGUUUAAAUAGACUAUUCCCAUUUGCUAAGAAGAAGCCUAAUAUACCUUCUAAAAUAUUAGAUAAAUCUGAUACAAAGACAAGUAAACAAAAAUCGGUUGAAAAGAAAAAUUGUCUUAUUAUAAAAAAUCCAGAGCAAAUUCAAUGUGAAAUUUUAACAGAAAAUAAUGAAAAGCUUAAAACUGUUCAAGAAAAAGCAAUUAGCAAUGAAAGUCCUAAAAAAGUUUUAAUAGAUACUUAUAAAUUAAUUAUAUCUCAAAAUAAUGAAUCAGAUAUAAAAUCUAUUUCACGGAAAUUAUCUAAUGCAUCAGAAAUUAGUAUGGAGGGAAUAAAAAAAUCUAAAGAAACCUAUCAACGUUGGAAUAUUCCUCUAUCAAACAAAUUCAAAGGCAAAGAUGUUGAUAAAACUUUAUUAACUAUGCAAGAUUUGAUAUAUUAUAAUCCAGUUUCUAAUCCUAUUCUUAGAGAAACGAAAAUUGAACUUAAAGAAGAGGAUGAUCCAGAUAAUGAUUUAUUACCUAUAAAAACUGUAAGGAAAACCAUUUAUUUUAAACAUUAUUAAAGUCUAGUUUUAAAAUAUUUUUUGUGGAAUUUAACUGAGCAAACGUUACACAAGUUUUAGCAUUAAGCAGAAGCAUAUUUAAGAAGGUGGGAAAUGGGUAUUAUUAUUAGUACAUUAUUAAGAUUUCAUUUAAAAUGUUAAUAUAAAUAUAAAUAACUAUUUGUGUUGUUAUUUAUUUAUACAUCGUAAUUUUAUUUUUUUCAGGAUCAGGAUCAAAAAUCAUCAGUUCCCAAAAAUUGCAUUACCCCAUGUAUUAAAGUAGGAGCAGAUGGUAAAAUAAUUAUUGAUCAAGAAACAUUAACUUUAAAUGAGACUGGUCUUGAAGAAAAACGAGAAGAGUUGGCCAAGUCUAAAGUUAUUGAAGAAUCAACAUUUCGAAGUUUUUCUUAUAAACGCAAACAACAACCUUCCAAAAAAUGGACCAAAGAUGAAACUCUUAAAUUUUAUAAAUGUUUAAUGAACCUAGGUACUGAUUUUUCAAUGAUUGAGCAAUAUUUUCCUGGUCGCACACGAGCUCAAAUUAAAAGAAAAUAUAAGACUGAAGAAAAAAAGAAUCCUCAACUUAUAAAUGGUGCUUUAACCAAUACAACACAUUAUGAUGGUCUUCUUAUAGAAAAUAUGUUCCAAGAAGAUGAGGAUUUUAAAGAAACUGAAAAAGAUAAAAUAAACAAAGUCAAUGAGAAUUUAGAAAUGAGUGUACCACCAAAAACUCGUAAGAGACUUCAUAAAAAUUUAAUAAGAUCAGAUUGUAGUAGAAUAAGUCCUUGUGCUUAUUUAAUGGAGGAAGAAAUUGUAUUAAAAAAAAAAAGAAAACCUGAGGGUAAAAUGUCAACAGCGGAUUCUCUGAAAGCAGAAGUAUCUGUUUUAAAGUCCUUAAAGGACAAGAAAAAAAAAUAUCUACCCUCAACUACUGUAACAAAUAGUAAAAUAAAAGCUAUACCUGAAGUCAAUGAACAAAAUAGUAAUCCAUUACCGAAAGUUCGAAGAUUGCAAGAUUUUCACGAAGAAUAUGAGGAGUAUACUCUGUUAGAACAAGAUUCAAAUAGUGAAUAAUGAAACAAACUUCAAAUUCAUUUUUUUAAAUUUUAGUUAACAAAUUGCAACAGUUUAUUGAACAUUUUUCGUAUUAAUCAAGGAAAUUAUUAUUAAUAGUUCAAUAAUUUAUUAUUGUUCACAUUAAACUAGAUGCUUUUAAAAAAAAAAUGUCAUGUAUCCAUAUAUUAUAAUUGUCUUUACUAUAUAGUUUCAUUAAUCUUGAAUUAAAAUUAAAAUUUUAAUUAAACUUGGUGUUUAUAAUAUAGUAUGUAUGCAUAUUUUGCAGUAGAACAGGCAGUUCCUUUCAGAUAAUAUUUAUAUUGUUUUAGAAAAAAAAAGUUUACAA